GCCGCCUCCAUUUCGCGGUGCGGCGCCGCUGUUGCGCAGCAGUCGGAGCCGUCUGUCGCCCGGGGAGGACGCGUCUGCCCCACCGACCCGCCGACCGUCUGCCGCGCCGCACCGCGCCGCCGUCCGGCUCGGCCUGCACCGAGACCCACAGCCCAGGGCCGCGCACACACCGCCAUGAGCGGCUGCCGCGUCUUCAUCGGGAGGCUGAACCCGGCCGCCAGGGAGAAGGAUGUGGAGAGGUUCUUCAAAGGGUAUGGUCGCAUCCGAGACAUCGACCUCAAAAGGGGCUUCGGCUUCGUGGAGUUUGAGGAUCCGAGGGAUGCAGACGAUGCUGUUUAUGAAUUGGAUGGAAAAGAACUUUGCAGUGAAAGGGUGACCAUUGAGCAUGCCAGAGCACGCUCGAGGGGCAGAGGCAGAGGGAGGUACUCUGACCGGUUCAGUAGCCGCCGCCCGCGCAGUGACAGGAGAAACGCCCCACCUCUCAGAACAGAAAACCGCCUCAUAGUGGAAAAUUUGUCUUCCCGUGUCAGCUGGCAGGAUCUCAAAGACUUCAUGAGGCAAGCCGGGGAAGUAACCUUUGCAGAUGCACACAGACCUAAGUUAAAUGAAGGGGUGGUUGAAUUUGCCUCUUACAGUGAUUUAAAGAAUGCUAUCGAAAAGCUUUCUGGUAAAGAAAUUAAUGGAAGGAAAAUCAAACUAAUUGAAGGCAGCAAAAGGCACAGUAGGUCCAGGAGCCGCUCGCGGUCGCGCAGCAGGAGCUCCUCCGGGUCCCGCAGCCGCUCGCGGUCCCGCAGCCGCAAGUCCUACAGCAGGUCCCGCAGCAGGAGCCGCAGCAAGUCGCGGUCAGUCAGCAGAUCUCCCCUGCCGCACAAGAGCCAGAAACGUGCUUCUUCCAGCAGAUCCAAAUCUCCGUCAUCCGUAGACCGGCAGAGGUCUAGAUCAAGGUCCAGAUCUGUUGACAGUGGCAACUGAACUAUAAGUAACUUGCCCAGCGGGCUCUUUUUUAAACCAUACUUGCUAAAACUUUGGUAAGUAUGUGACUUUCUGUGGGAAAGGGUUUGGAUGGGGAGAGGGGAGGGAAGGGGGAACUUUGUAGAUGUGGACCAUGGUGGGAAGGGUUAUUGACUAAUUGUAUUAAAUGUUUUUGAUAACCCUUUUCUUGCUCACAUUUUUUUGUGAAUGUCUGAAGUGUAUAGUUUGUGUAUAUUGGCAGAGCUCUUUAUAACUAAAGAAGACAAAUUUUUUUGUACUUUAAAGUCAUCUGAACACUUAAUUCUCAGUAUAUUCAACUGUGAAUAGCAACUAAAAGCAUUAAUGUCUCUGACUAAUAGUUUUAGACAUCUAAGAGAGCUCUAUAUGUGCUGUACAUAAAGCUUUAUUUCAGAGGGUAUUUUUUUGUGCUUUUGAGACAUUGUUUCAGCUAUGGGCCAGCAGAUUAAGUGCUGGUCAGUACUGGUAAUAAAACUUUAUUUUAAAAUAUUUUCAUUUAAUAUGACUUGCACUACACUAAGAAAAUGCCCAUUUCACUGCCCUGUGGUAAUAAUAUUCUAUAAAGCACUCUUAUUUCUUGAUACCUAAGAAUAAAAUAGUUCAAAUAAAGUAUAAAGAAACA